AAGAAUUUAAUGAUGAAGUAAAGGAAAAGUUGAAUGAGGAAAUAACAGAUAAAAUAAAAGAAGUGAGGAAAGCAAAGGAGAAAACAGAAAAGUCAGAAAAGUGGUUUGCUAGCGGACUGAUUGGGCUCAACCAAGUUAGACAGUUAGAAAAUAAACACUACCUAACAGUUUUAAAGAACAAUGAAGAGUCUCAAAACAUCAAAGUGCAAGAUUUAGAAAAGCAAGUGUUGGAUAAAACAAGAGAAACAGAGGAGAGAAAAAAAGAAGCGGAAGUGGCUAAUGAUAUGCUUAAUUCUCAAAAAGAAUUAAUUAACAAUUUAAGGCGGGAGUUAGGCGAAAAGAUGGCUAAACUAAGUCUAGUUAGUGAGGAAAGCAAGAGACAAAAAACCUUGAUAAAUGAUUUAAAGGAGGGUUUUAAUGGCUGA